UCAGGGUCGGCCUUGGUUCGGAGGCGCUGCUGCUCCAGUCCUGGGACCAUUCCUCCGGAGAGGAGCCCAGGCCAAGGCGCCUCCCUGGCCUCGCUCCUCCUCCUCCUCCCUGGUUGCUGCUGCCUCUGCUGGAGCCAUCCUGGGCCCUGGGGCUCCCUUCCUGCCUUCCCAGACACAGGAGGACACAAGAUAGAAACACCCAGCAGAAGAAGAAGGAGAAGCUCUCCGCCUCCAUUGGCCUCUCAGGUGAGCUCAGCAAAGGAGAGGAAGCAUCGAGCUUCCGAUGGGAACAAUGCUGAGAAAGAAGGGAGGGGAAUGGACCAGCCUGCUGGCGAAAGUCUGAAAACAGGUGAAUGGAGAAGGAGCAGAGAGGGAGGAGAGGAAAGAGAUUAACGCUAAGCUGUAGAAGAGGUGCCACGGAGAGCCUCUUUGGCUCGGCGGAGACGGAUUCUGGCUGCGCCGCUGUGGCCGAGCCAUGGCUACGAAUUUCAACGACAUUGUCAAACAGGGAUACGUGAAAAUGAAGAGCCGAAAGCUGGGGAUCUACCGACGUUGUUGGCUGGUAUUCCGGAAAUCAUCCAGCAAAGGACCCCAGCGGCUGGAAAAGUACCCGGAUGAGAAGUCGGUGUGUUUACGGGGUUGUCCAAAGGUCACGGAGAUCAGCAAUGUGAAAUGCAUCACAAGGCUGCCCAAGGAGACCAAACGGCAGGCUGUGGCCAUUGUUUUCACCGACGACUCGGCCCGGACGUUCACCUGCGAGUCCGAGCUGGAGGCCGAGGAGUGGUACAAGACGCUGUCCAUCGAGUGCCUGGGCGCCCGGCUCAACGACAUCAGCCUCGGAGAGCCGGAUUUGCUGGCCCCUGGGGUUCAGUGCGAACAAACAGAUCGCUUCAACGUCUUCCUCCUGCCCUGUCCCAACCUGGACAUUUAUGGCGAAUGUAAGCUGCAGAUCACCCAUGAAAACAUUUACCUCUGGGACAUGCACAACCCACGCGUCAAGCUGGUGUCCUGGCCCUUGUGUUCGUUGCGCCGCUACGGGCGAGACGCCACGCGGUUCACCUUUGAGGCUGGCAGCAGGAUGUGCGACGCUGGCGAAGGGCUCUACACUUUCCAAACCCAGGAAGGGGAACAGAUCUACCAGAGGGUCCACAGUGCCACCUUGGCCAUUGCCGAACAGCACAAACGCGUCCUGAUGGAGAUGGAGAAGAACGUGCGGCUGCUGAACAAGGGCACAGAGCACUACUCCUACCCCUGCACACCCACCACCAUGCUGCCACGCAGUGCCUACUGGCAUCAUAUCACCGGUUCUCAGAACAUCGCAGAAUCCUCUAACUACACCGGUGAUUCGUACUCGGGGCCCCAGGCCAGCUCAGAGACUGACCUCCUAAACCGCUUCAUCUUACUGAAGCCGAACGCUCCCCAAAAUGGAAAGACCGAAAGCAAAGAUCCCAAAUCGGCUUCACAGUGACAUAGCCCUGAACGGAGGGAGAGGCCCUGUCCGAGAGCCGGCUCAAGUCCAAGGAGAGCGGUCAGUCGGUCACUCAGCCGCACCGGAAGAUUUUCUUUUGUUGUUGUUCCAGUCCCUGCGCCUGUCUUUCCCACAAGGAUUUGGGGACAGCUUUUGAGCUACAAUGGAGGGUGAGUGGGAACGGAGCAUUGUUUGCACAGAAGUAGCUCCGAAGAGAAGGUUUUGGACCCCGGCAGCCUGAAUCUUCAUGCCUAGGAUGAGGCCCAGGGAUUGCAAGGACGGAGGACUAGCUAUAUAUUGUGACCACUAUUUUAAAUAUAUAAUAUUGCGUAUGCAUAUUCUGUAUAUCAAGAGAAUCUUCUUUUUCCCCCCACACGAAUGCACAUUUCUUAGCCAUCGAGGUGAAAUUUUUUAACCAUCGGUGGAACAGGACCGUGUGGUUUUCCGUGGUUUCUUUUUCAUAGAGCCCUCGAUGGCAGAGAGAAAAUUGACAUGAUGGAACAAAGUCUUCCCAAAUCUGUAGCUGGGAGCAGUUGGAAUUGAAUUCUCUAGAGGACAAAACCGUACUGUUUUGGAUUAAAACACACUGGAAGGUUUGGCUGCUGACAGAAGCCUCCUGCAGAGUUGGUUUUUCUGCAGAACCGGGAAUUGUCUCAGUCCUCAGCAGAGCAUUUGCUGUGGACAGAAACCAGGUCUUUCAGAGGCCAAAAAUAAAACCUACCCUCAACACAAUGAUCCUGUUGGUGAGAAAGGAAGAGUAGUGUUUGAGUCUGAAGAAGACAAAAGCCCAAAAUGGUUUGAAACGUUUGCGAUUUUGGAAAAACAGUCGGGUUCUCAGUUCUCUGAACCAGAGACACAGAGUGCACCAACCUUUUCUAAACUUGGCAUCCUCUCCCUCCAGAUUCUUUGGGCUGCAGCUCCCAUCAGCCCCUGACUGGGGUUGAUGGGAGCUGCAGUCCAAAGUGUCUGGAGAAGGAAGGUGCCAAGUUUAGAAGAGGUUGCUGCAGGUCCUUGAGACAUCUCAGGAGAAGCCAUGUUUGACUUCGGCACUAGCGUCAUUCCUUCAAGCCUUUCUGUGGGGGAGAUAGAGGCACGAACACACAACUCACACAACUCUCCCAACAUGGGCAGCCAGACCAGGGCCAGCAGGGCAGGCAGGAAAGUGUUUCAUUGGAUUUUUAUUUUUUAAAAACCCUAAUUAUUAUUUCCUCCACCGCCAUUUUGUGCAUCACAUUUGUCUUGUGGAUAUUUACAGAACAUUAGCUGCAAACAGUGGAAGCUGGUGACUCUUCUGUCAAUGGGACAGCGAGUCUGCUUUUUGGUUUGAUUCAGAAGUUUAAAAGAUGCAGGUUGGAGAAUGCCUUUAAGGUUCCUAACACCCACCCACACCCAAAUUACUGCAAAAGGAGGCAUAGGCAAUGAUGGUGGGUUGUUUCUUUGUGGGGAGGAGGGUGGCAUAUCUGUUGUGGGUUUGAAUCUGAAUUUUAAAAGGAGUUAUCUAGCCACUUCGCAUAACUGCUUUUUAAGUCCAGUGUGGACGCACUGCUCCCUUGACACAGGAAUCAUUCAGGGCCCAGGAGGGUUGGGUCUGACCCACCUUUUGAAAUGUGGGUGCAGCACCCCAACUAUAUAUUCUAGCAAGCCCCCCAAAACAAGGCCUUUUCCAAAUGGAAUAACGGUGAUGAGGUGGGAAGGAGCGGCUGUUAGAAAAUAUUGGAGACUGCCAUGUUUAGCAGUAGCUUGCCAGAAAGUUCUUCACUCCGUUCCACAAAGCAAAUGUCCCUGAUGCACACAAUCCCUCCCUCUGGCCUCCACCUUGGCCAGUGAGCCACCAACAAGGCAAAGCGGAGCUGAGCCAGCCAGCCACUUGAACUCGCCACCUCCUUGAGAUCCUCGAAGCCAAAUGGUCAGUUUAACCCUCCUUUUGAAUGGCCAGAGAUAGUCAACUGGUAACAAAGCACAGGUUGUCCCAUGGUUCACCCACUGACACUUUUCCUUGCUCUGGAGACAGCAGCAAUGCUGAAUGUGACAACCACAUGGUUACCAGCUUCUUGACUAGCCCUUGCUCCUGUGCACCCAAUAGCAGGGGCCCAUGCACACUACACACUUAUAGCACUACAAUUCCACUUUAACUGCCAUGGCAACAUCUUACCUAAUCCUGGGGUUGGUAGUUUGCUGAGGCACUAGAACUCUCUGCCAGAGGACUCUAAGAACCCUUUGCUCAACUGCAAAUCCCAGGAUGCCAUAGGAUGCAGAUAUGGCUGUAGAAAAUGCUUCACCUUCAAACCUUUUAUUGCCAUCUGAUAGACCCAGAUCAAACCAUCGCAAGUGGCAAAGGAUUAUCCGACAAUCCACUUUCCUGUCCACUUCUAGUCCUGCCAUGCAAGAGGCCAGUGCCUGCUCCAAUGCAGAGUUCAGACAUUUCCUUCUUUUUACAAAGUCUCUUUUGCCAUUUGCAUUUCUCACCCAUUUAGCAAUUUAAAAGAGGGAUGAGGUGAAACACUUGACACUGAGCGGCUGAGUUUCUCCCCCCCCCCCCAUUCCCCAAGCUGAAAUUUUUUAAAAGAAGCAAUUGAUUUUCUAAUUUUACUAUUUAUUGAAUAACUUUUAGAAGGGCUAUCUUUUUAUUGUAGUACAAACCUUGGUAUUGUGUUGUUUUGUGUUGUUUCUCUCUCUCUCUCUCUUUGUUUUCAAAAUAAUGCUGGAGGUACUUCUACUAUCUUGUGCUCUGUGUGUGUAAAUAACUGUGUGUUUGGAUCCUGUGUAUACCUGAAGGAAAGAAGAAAUUUCCAAGCAGAUCUGCCGAUGGGCGGGUGGCAAAAGGGAAGACACAAGGUAUCUCUAAAAGAGACCAGCGCCGCCCAAGAUGCCUUGCUCCAAUUCCAGUUCAAACCUAUUUUAAGACCAAAGUAUAGGAAGGGAAGGGAGAAGCGAUCCAUAUAACCACCAAUUCUGGGGAAAUUUGUCCUGUGGGUGAAACAUCCCCAGUGCCCAGCUUUCGUUGCUAAAUGCAACUUCUGAUGUCAUAUUAGUGCUCCCAAAGCCGUCCCAAAGAACCCAUCUGCAAUACUGUCAUCCAUGCAUUAUAUUUAAUUGAUUGCAAAGCCAUUUUUCUGUUUCUGCAUCAUACUAUUUUUCUUCAAGGCUUUCUAGGGCUCUGAACUCAUCACUACUUUCUCUAUUGAGAAGGCAUUUUUUGCCAAGGUUUAAAUGGGAUGGUGUUUAAAUGGGACUUACCCCUUCCCCGUUUUUAAUUCAUAAUAAUCAUGACUAUUAUUUAUAUGCCACUUUCCAUUCUGAGAGCAUCUCGGAACUGUGGAAAUAUAAAACAUUUUCAAGGAGGUUGCUGGAGGUGAUAAGACACAGCAAAAAUGUAAGAAUUGCAAAGUUCACAUCGAAUAACCUUGUUGUGUGUCUUCGGUUCAUUUCCGACUUAUGGAAACUCUUAAGACAAAUUAAUCAUGGGCUUUUUUAGGGGCAAGAUGGGUUCAGAGGGGGUUUGCCUUCCUCUGAGGCAGAGAGAG